AUCUCCUGGGAGCAGCCCCCGCUGACGUGCGCUGGACCUGCCUGGUGCUUGACCUCCACUCCAUCCUCUCCCUCUACCUCAACCGCCGUUACAGCCACCUGAAGAGCNNNNAGCUCUGCUCCAACCUCCUGGUGAAAAACCUCUGCACGAGUGACCUGGUGUUCGACCCAGGUGUGACCUUCUCCGAGGCCCGGCGAGCUGACCUGGCCUGCCGCGGGGUCGCUCCCAUGCCACGAGAAAUGGCUUUCCCUGUGCCGAAGGGAGAGAAGUGGCAUGACCUCUACGACUACAUCAGGUUCCCAUCCGAGGGGUCCAAGCUGCCGUACGACUCCAUCCAGAAGAGCUGUCCCGGUGGCCAAGUCUCAGAGGACCCCAUCCAACAGCUGCCCCAGCCGGUGACGCUCACCAAAGCAGUCCGCGACCGACUGUCCCUCAUCCAUCAGAUAACCAGUCCCAAAGCUAUGCCGCGUCGGCGUCCUGUAAUUACGGAAAGCAUCCCUGAGGUUUACCUGACAGUCCCAGGGUCUCCGAGAGCCGUGCCUGCUACGGACCGGGAGCUAGAGAAGAACCAGAGACCGCACAGUGCAGGGGACGCUGGGCAGUCGCCGUCAGUCAGUGAUGGUGGCAUCCACGUGUACGCUCACCAGAGGAGCGAACGAACCGUCCGAGCCAUCCGCACCAGCUCAGAGGAGAGGCUCUUACCAGAUCCCAUCCUGAAGCUGAGAAUGAUCAUUGGCUUUGGAGGCUGCAGCACCAAAUGGGCGCUGUGGACUCAGAACAACGCUGCGGUGGUCUACCCCUGCCACGCUGUUAUAGUGACCCUGCGGAUCCAGACCGGAGAGCAGAGGUUCUUUGUUGGACACACCGAUAAAGUCUCGGCGCUGGCCUUCAAUGGGAACAGCACCUUGCUGGCUUCUGCACAUGCCCUGAGCGUGGUGCGCCUCUGGGACUUCCCGACGGGCAGCUGCCUCUCGGUGUUUAAAACCCACGUCCGCUCCCUCUUGUCCCUGAGCUUUUCCUACAGCGGAGCCGUUCUGUGUGGCGUCGGAAAGGAUGGGCACGGCAAAACGAUGGUGACGGUGUGGAACGCUGCUCAGGUGACCCGUGGCGGAGAGGUGGCCGUGCUGGCCAAAGCGCACACGGAUGUGGACAUCCAGGCCUUGAAGAUUGCUUUUUUUGAUGAUACCAGGAUGGUGUCGUGCGGCCGGGACAACAUCAGGCUGUGGCGAGUGCGGAGCGGAGUGCUGCGCUCGUGUCCCGUCAAUCUGGGCGAGUACCAUUCCCUGGAUUUCACUGACCUGGCCUUCGAGGAGGGACACGCGGCCGAGCGGGAGCCGGAGGACCGCACGCUCUUUGUCUGCAGCAAGAGCGGCCACGUCUUGGAGGUGGACUACAAGAACGUCUGCAUGAGGAGCGUGCGGCGGCUCCUGCCCGCGCAGCCCCGGGGCUGCCAGCGGCAGGACAAGGCAGGCAGCGGCGCAGGCCCUGGGAUCGCUAUAAACAGUAUUAGUGUCUCCUCAACCUUCUGUGCCACGGGUUCAGAAGAUGGCUACCUGCGGCUGUGGCCACUGGACUUCUCAGCCGUUGUCUUAGAGGCAGAGCACGAGGCUCCAGUGAGUUCUGUCUGCAUCAGCCCGGACAGCCGCAAAGUCUUGUGCACAACCACUGCUGGGAAUCUGGGCUACCUGGAUAUCCAGUCCCGGGACUAUAACACCCUCAUGCGCUCUCACGAGGAUUCCGUUUUGGCGUUCUCGGUGGAGGGGAUUUGGAAGCAGAUGGCAACGGUGUCUCAGGACAACACCAUCCGAGUCUGGGACCUUGUAUCCAUGCAGCAGCUGUACGACUUCACAGCUGCAGAGGAAAUGCCGUGUGCUGUGGCCUUUCACCCCACCCAGCAGAUCCUGGCCUGUGGCUUUGACAGCGGGAUGGUGCGGACCUUCAGCUUGGCUGCUUCCGAUCUGCUGGUGGAGCACAAGCAGCACCGCACUGUGAUCACUGGACUGAUCUUCUCCCCAGAUGGCAAUUUCAUGUUCAGCUCCUGUUUGCAGGGAACUCUGGCUCUUUACAGCUGUAUGGUGCAGAAAAGCCACGUCCUGAGAGUCCUGGAUGCUUUGGUGGUCAGUGGGGACAGCCGUCUCUUGGCCUUCGUGGGUCCCUCCAAGUACGUUGUGACCGUGAUGGAGGCCUGCUCUCUAGACGAGCUGCUGAGGGUGGACAUCAGCAUCCUCGAUUUGAACAGCACGGCCUUGGACUCUGCAGCAAGAGUCUGCUUUGCUCCGGUGCCUCGAGGCGAGCUCCUGGUGUCCACUUCUUCCAAUAAAAUCCUUGUGCUCGAUGCAAAAACGGGACGACUGGUGCGAGAGAUGUCUCCCGUGCACAAGCUGUCCUGUUCUUCCUUGGCGCUGAGCAAGGAUGGCAGGUACCUGCUCACUGCUGGCGACAAAGUUAUCAAAGUGUGGGACUAUCAGAUGCGCUUCGAUAUCAACUUCCAGAUCAGUGUGUUGAAGGUGUACAUCGGCCACUCGGAGCCAGUGCGCCAGGUGGCCUUCACCCCAGACCAACGGCAGGUCAUCAGCGUUGGAGAUGCCAUCUUCCUCUGGGAUUUCCUGGCUCUGCCUGCGGAGAGGUCACCCCCAGCCGGGGCUCGUUCCUCCGACUCCACUCUGCUGCCGGGGGCAGGUAUUUUCUCUGAGUCGGACAAAGAGGAGGAAGCAGGUCUGCCAGGCAGCAGCAGGAUGGUGGCGAACGGAGACAAAGAUGCCUCGGUCGUUGUGGUGGAGGCGGUCAGAAAUGAGGAGCUUCUUGUUGUGAGGCCCAAAAGUUUCUUAUCUCCUCCAGCUGGCAGUGAGGUCUUGAAGCUGAAAGCUGUGAUCGGCUACAACGGGAACGGCAGAGGGAAUAUGGUGUGGAACCCGGACACAGGCUUCUUCGCCUACACCUGUGGCUGCGUCAUCGUGGUUGAAGAUCUGCACUCGGGAUCACAGAAUCACUGGCUUGGCCAUGCAGAGGAGAUCUCUACACUCGCCGUCAGCCAUGAUGCCCAGGUUCUUGCCUCUGCCUCGGGAAAGAGGAAUGGAGACUCCCAUUGUCAGAUCUGCAUCUGGAAUGUCCAGGAUGGGGUUUGCACAGCAAGUCUUUUCCAUCACGAGACCCAAGUACAAGCCAUGGCGUUCUCUCAGGAUGAUAGAUUCCUUGUCACCCUAGGGGACUACAGUGAUCAAACCAUUGCUCUGUGGAAUACCUACACUUACGAACUCAUGUCGUCAACCUGUAUCUCGGAGCCAGUCCAUGACGUGGCUUUUAGUCCUCUUUCUCACAGAGAACUGGCCUGCGUGGGGAAGGGAGCCAUGAUGUUUUGGCUGUUGGAGCAGCAGGAAGCUGAUGUCAACCUCAAGGUUCAUCGGGCCCCUGCCCCAGACGUGUUAGGGCCGGUGGAGCUGACCUCUCUCUGUUACGGUGCUGACACUCUUCUUUAUAGUGGGACCAACUCAGGCCAGAUCUGCGUGUGGGACACUGAGACUAAUUGCUGCUUCAUGACGUGGGACGCUGACGAGGGCGAGAUCGGUGUGCUGGUGUGUCGGCGCAACAGGCUGGUCAGUGGCAGCAACACGAAACGUAUCCGCCUGUGGGCAGUGGCUGCCGUGCAGGAGCUGAGGCUGAAAGGUCCCGAUGCCAGCUCGGUCCUGCUAGAACAUGAGAUCACCCUUGACGGGACGAUAGUCAGUGCGGCCUUUGACGACUCUCUAGAAAUGGGAAUUGUGGGCACCACAGCAGGAACCCUGUGGUACAUCAACUGGACAGAGAGCACAAGCAUCCGACUAAUCAGUGGCCACAAGAACAAGGUGACCGAAGUGUGCUUCAGUCCUGAUGAGACUCACUGCGUAACGUGCGGGGAAGAUGGCAGCGUGAGGAUUUGGUCUCUGGGCAGCAUGGAGCUGGUGGUACAGUUCCAGGUGCUCAACCAGAGCUGCCAGUGCCUGGCCUGGAAGCCUCGUCCCAUCGUUGCGUGGGGAGCUGAGAGCCAGCAUGUAGUGGCAGGGUACAGCGAUGGCACCAUCCGCGUAUUCAGCAUUUCCAGGACAGAGAUGGAGCUGAAAAUGCACCCCCAUACCGUUGCACUGACAGCAAUUGCCUACUCCACAGAUGGAGAAAUGAUCUUAUCAGGGGGCAAGGACGGGCUCGUGGCUGUCAGCAGCCCUCGCACUGGAAUGACUAUCCGUGUUCUCGCUGACCACAAAGGCUCCCCCAUCACUGUUCUCCAGUGCACCAGGAAGCAGUACCGUGACUUCGGGGUGGAAGGAGGCGAGCUCUGGCUGGCCACCAGCUCGGACCGGCGGGUCAGCGUCUGGGCCUCCGACUGGCUGAAGGAUAAGUGCGAGCUCCUCGACUGGCUCAGCUUCCCGGCUCCUGCCGGCCCCGAGGGUCUCGGCAGCCUCCCGCCCAGCCUGGCCGCGUUCUGCCCUUGGGAACCCGGUACCCUGGUCUACGUCGGCUUUGGGAUGCAGAAGGAAGCCUUGUUUUACAGCCUGCGCAAGAAACAGGUAGUUGAGAAGAUCUCCUUGCCGUACUUCGCCACAUCGCUCAGCCUGUCUCCUGCAGCACGCUUCAUGGCUGUCGGCUUCGGCG